CAGACAAACUAUGCACAUACAACGCCUACGCGCAACUAUUGACUGAGACGGCUAUAAACACGAUUCCAAUGCUGAUUGGCUAAUUUCUCCGUGUGAAGGCAUGAAUUAAUAUAGAAUGACCUAGAGUGUAAGAUCAAUACUCUUACAGUGUAGUUAUUAUUAUUAUUUUGUAAUUAUUACUAACAUAUAAAAGUGAUCGAAACUUUCUUGUUGUCAAAUGGAGGUUUUAAACAGAGUUGACAGUUUAUGUGAAGAUAUUACAGCAGAGUUGAAUUCACUCGGUGAAUGUGUCUAUGCAAAGCUCUCAGAUAUUUCAUGGAAAUUUGAAGAAAUUGAAUAUGUAAACUCGAAAAUUACUCUAUUCAAUGAAAAUAAACUAAUGCUUGAUGAAGCUUAUUUUCCAGAUGAAAAUGCGGCAAAUUCGUCUUCUUCAGCACCGACGACAACAACAACCGCAGCCUGGUACCAAGUAGCUGCAGGCGCUGCUGCAUAUGCCUAUAAAACUAUAGGCAGUAAAUAUUCAAACCCUGUACGACAUUGGCUAACAAACGCAGCCAGUACAGCGAUCCAAUAUGGUCUUCUUGGUAGAUAUUUAACCGGCAUAAACACAUGGACACCUGAAGGCAAUUGGUUUUCAGGUAAAUGGACGUCAGAGAAUACAGCAAGCGCAGAAGAGUUAAAGUCUGCUAUCGACCCUAAUAUGUCCACAAUGUGUAUAAAUGUUAUUAUUGCCGGUAUUCUUAACUAUUGUCAAUCAAAUUGUUAUACACCGAAAAGCAUGUCAAAUUAUGCCAUACAACUGCUGCAUAACGGUUCUAUGGAAAAAUUUGGAAUAACUAAUGAGCAUGAUAAACUAUUAAUCAUGGAAAUCACUAGCCAAUGGUGUUCACGAAUUAAAAUAAUCCAACUAAUUGAAAGUGCAUUAAGAGAAUCUUGGCAAUUGAAAUCUGUCGCCUCAAUUGGUCAGUGUAAGCUACAAUUAACGCCUCAGAUUAAAGAGUAUUUUGACUUUUUACCUAUAAACUGGAAGGAUAUACAAGCGGCUGUAUGUAUUGCUCAUAAACUUGUCAAAUCCCAUUGUGUUUAUUUUGCUGACUUUCACAGUCAACUAAUCGAUAUCAAAAAUCAAUUGAAGUGUAUCCGAGACAAUCCAUUCAAGUAUCAUUGUGAUUGUAAAUAUUUACUAGAGAAGAAUAGUAGUGAUAAUAAUAAUAAUGAUAAAAAUAAUGAUAAGCCCAAGAUAGAAAACGACAAAGUUUUAUUUGGUCGGUUGAUUACCUUUUUAAAGUAUGCAGAACCACAAAGUCAACUUUUCCAGCGAUAUAAAUGUUUAAAAUGUAAUGGAAAAACUUGUGAAAAACAAUAUUCUGAUUAUAAUAAAAAUUGGGAAUUAAUUGUUCAACAUAUUUAUAAUAAUGAGCACUCUUCUUAUUCUUCGAUUGAAGAGAUAAUUAAAAAAUUACAAGAAUUAAAAUUAAUAUCAGAGGAUUUCAAAAUCGAUGAGGAAUCAGUUCGUUCUGUACGUAAGGCGUAUAACGUUUAAAUGAUCAAUAUUGUCAUUGUGUACAUUGAACAUUGGUGAUUGAUCAGUUGAAGAAGUGUUAAUUCAAAUUUUUGCAAUUAUUAUUUUUUGCAUUGAAAAGUUAUAUAUAUAUUAGAAUGAUGUUUAUUUUCUUAUAGUUAUAAUAAUAAUAAUAA